AUGUCGACCAAGGUUGCCGUGGUCACCGGCAGUAACAAAGGCAUCGGUCUGGCCGUCGUCCGAGCGCUUUGCAAGCAGUUCAAUGGAGAUGUUUACGUCACCUCCAGAGAUGUAGGUCGGGGUGAGGAAGCAGUGAAGACUUUGAACUCAGAGGGACUCAAACCCAAGUUCCACCAGCUGGACAUCAAUGACUUGAACAGCAUUAAAAACGCUGCUGCCUACUUUAAAGGGAAGUAUGGAGGAGUGGACAUUCUCAUCAAUAAUGCUGGAAUAGCAUUCAAAGCGUCAGACACAACUCCCUUUGGUGUCCAGGCAGAGGUGACCCUGAGGACAAACUUCUUUGCCACCAGAGACGUGUUGACUCACUUCUUGCCACUCGUCAAAGCUGGAGGGCAUGUGGUGAACGUCUCCAGCAUGCUUAGCGCCAGCGGUUUGAAACAGUGCAGCCCAGAACUCCAGCAACGUUUCCGCAGUGAGGACAUCACAGAGGACGAGCUGGUGGCACUGAUGCAACGAUUUGUUGAUGAGGCCAAGAAAGGAGAACACAAGCAAGGCGGCUGGCCUGAUAUGUCGUAUGCAGUAUCCAAAAUUGGAGUGACGGUACUAUCCAUGAUUCAUGCUCGUCGUCUGUCUAAGGAGAGACCAAAAGAUGGGAUCUUGAUUAACGCAUGCUGUCCAGGGUGGGUACGCACUGAGAUCGCUGCGCCAGGAGCCCCAAAGUCACCAGAUGAGGGCGCCAUAACACCGGUCUACCUGGCCCUGCUUGCCCCCGGAGCCACUGAGCCUCAUGGAAAGUAUGUCUCCGAUAAGGAAGUUCAGCCAUGGUGA